GGGAGAGGGAAGCAUGUAUUCCAGACAGGCACUCUGCAUGGUUUGCAACAUCACCACCGAGAGACUUCACGCCUUUCAGGUUCGAGGGCCAAACCCCCUUCCCAGACCUGCCUCCAUCCUCGGCAGGAUACAGAUCCUCGCCACCAUCGCUCUCCUCGUCGCUGUCAUCCAGCUUCAUCUUCAAACCCCCCACCAGCCCCCUGGUCCAGUCCGAGAGCAACGACGACCUCAGCAUACACGCCAUGGAGCUGGACCCCAGCACACCGAGCAGGAUGCCCCGGAGGCAGACCUUGCACACAUUCCACUCACCCCAGAAUAUACCCAUCACGGCGCAGAGGAUCCCGACCGUGCGCCGAGAGACAACAUUUCCCUACCAGGCCCACCAGCCGAGAAAGUCUCUCACGUCUGUCCCCACGGCUGAGCGGUUCAUAGCGUCGUCCGUGUCGCCCCAGAAGAUCUCUCCCUACGCGGUCUCUCGGAGGUCCUCUGUGGCCCUCGACUCGUCGUCUCCCCUGCAGCGGACCUCCAUGGUAGGCUCGUAUGAGGAGAGCAUCCUGCGGGGCAGGAUGUCCACCUCUCCUUCUAAGCCGCUGGACUUCCUCGCCCAGAUCGGCGUGCUGGGGCUGGGCAACUGCAAGAGCAGCCUCCGCUGCCCGGCCCAUGUCACCCUGCCUUUCCCUGCCGUCUUCUACAGCUACGCCAGCACCCCUCAUGGCCGCUCUAAGAGCGACGACGGGCCCAGUCCCUACGUGGGGUCCAUCGAUUUGGAGAAUGGUCUUCCCAGCAACCUAGAAGGCUCGAGAGCGCGGCGCAGGUCUGGGCAGAGGGAGAGAGGCAGCGGCCGGCGGUCCAGGGCCGGCAGCGUCGGGCCGGAUGUUGAGAUGGGUGGUGUGGAUGACAGCACUAGCCAGCGAGUACCGGACUCGCGCGAGAUGGCCAAGAAACGUCGGCGGGCUGGCUCGUCCUCGCCCAGGGCCCCGCCAGGCGGCAGCUAUCGCAUCCCAGAGAAGGGCCAGAUCCAGAUCAUCAUCAAGAACCAGAACAAGACCGCCGUAAAGCUGUUCCUCGUGCCAUACGAUCUCGCCGGCAUGGAGGCCGGCACCAAGACGUUUAUCCGCCAGCGGGCCUAUGUCGGCGGUCCCGUAGCCGCCGACAAAGCCGAAGCGACGACCACAACGACCAACACAACGACUGACAUCACCGGUACUACCACGAUGAUCGAGGCCGCCGAGGAGAAGGAGGAGAAGCCCGUUCUGCGGUAUCUCGUCCACCUGCAUAUCUGCUGUCCCGCCAAAGGCAGGUUCUACCUGUACAAGUCCGUCCGCGUCGUCUUCGCCAACCGCGUGCCAGACGGCAAGGAGAGGUUGCGCAACGAGAUUACCCUCCCUGAGCCGCGCUUCACACCGUACAAGGCCACCCGUGUCAUGCAGCAGCACCAGUACCAGCACCUGCACCCUCACGCGAGGCCAACGCCGUCAUCGUUGUCGCACCAGGAGUCAUCAGGGCGCGGGUUUUCGUUCGCGCAGGUCGAUACUGGGCAUUUGAUGUCAGACCUGCCGGCUUUCGAGCUCAGGAGAAGGGCCGCGAGCGUACAGGACCAUGGGGAGACGGCGAUGGCGGCAGAGCUGACAGCAGCUCCUAUGCCACCUGUGGCCGGGUUCGUUCCGCUGAACUUCUCUAAGAAGGGUGAGGUCGGGCUUGUUAACGGCGCCGCAGCUGGGCUGGGGGGGCUUGGUGCUGCGGCGAGCGGCGGUGUUGCGGCGGCGGAGAGUCUAUUGUCGAUGCGGCUGCGGUCGCUGGGGAUGCAAGGCGCCUGUCGGGGAGAGAUGGAUACGGAAGAGGGGGAGAUAGAUGACGGACGACCAUAAGUCUAGUGAAGUAAUGAGGGCAUCAACAUGAUAUGGGAGGAAGUGGACGUGAACAAGAAAGUGAUGGAUAACAUCAUCUCUUGUCAACUGGAAUGCUGGGUUGGAGCACCAGGAGGGACGGCUUAUGGAGGAGGCAGUCAUUUCAUGUAUAUAUAAAGGUUGGCCUAGGACCAACUGCAGAAUAAUCAACGUCACCGACGUGACUAGAUCUGAUAC